CAGUACCAUAUACUUUGUAUCAAACUAUACUUUGUAGAAGUGUUUGAAUGAAAAGUUGAGAUUAUCAAAGCACCAUUAAAUCUUCAAAUAAUAAAUAUUGGGGCCAAAAUAGAAUUUCUUGAAACAUUUGGGGGUUGUACUUAAAUAUCCAGGUUUUUAAAGUAGUGGGCCUAAAGUUUACAUGUAGGCCCAAACUACGUUCCGAAGUCGGUUAGGGUUCUUAAUGAGGAUAUCACCUGAAACUCCGAGUUUCUCCCUCCGCCUCCGCCUCCGCCAUAGAACGCAGAACUGUGUGGUUCACCGUGGUCGUCGAACCCCUAGUUCCUCGAUUCCGAUACAUUAAACAUAGACGUAUUACCGUCUCUUGUUCUCCUGGUAUUACGUCUGUCGAAGUCUCCAUUUUCGGUCUGAUUAUUCUCUGACGAUGGCUGCAAGAGUUUUGGCAAGUUUGUUUGUGAUGACCUCUGGAAUCAUAGCCAGGGCUUGUACUCAGGCAUAUCGUCAGGCGCUUGCAAAUGCAUCUAAAACCGGGGUUGUGCAUGAAGCAGCGCAGAAGAUUAAGAGAGGGUUGAUAAUAAGUGAACCAGAAGCUAGACAGAUUCUUGGUGUAACUGAGAAAUCAUCUUGGGACGAGGUUAUUAAGAAAUACGACACAUUGUUCCAACGCAAUGCGCAGAACGGAAGCUUUUAUCUCCAAUCAAAGGUCCAUAGAGCUAAGGAAUGCUUAGAGGCUGCAUACCAGAAGAAUUCAACAAGAAGCGUAUGAAUAAGCAAUGAAACUUUAGGAGCAGAUCAGGAACAUAUCUUUUGAUACAAGUUUUAGUUUUAGACGACAAGUUUGAAAUUGUGUGGAGAUAGCCGCAAAAGUUGACAUGAGACAAGGUCGGUGAUGGCCGGAGGUGGCCAGUAACCGACUCACCGGCCGUUGAUAAAGUCUUGAUAUUUUUGUUUAAUAAUAUUGACAUUUCUAGGUCUUAGGUAAACUCGUUGAAUUCUAGUCUGUCGAGUUGAAUUAUCUGAAACUGAAAAAUAUGUCUAUUUCAUUUUAA